AGGCAUCUGUCAAAUAUCGUGUAUACAUACUGUCACUACUUUUUUUAGAUUUACCUCAAAAAUCAGCAAUCUUUUAGUAUAAAUUAACCACAAUACAGUACAGGAUUAAAUUAAUUUUUUCGAAGCGUAUUGUUCACUCUACGAAAUUCAUGGCAAUGAAUGUUAUUUGGACGAAGGAUAAAUUACACAAGAUAUUCAGUGCUGAAUCUAUAUCGGCGAACGUCGAAGCGUCGCGGGGCUGUCGGCCAACUCUGGCUCGUUGUCGCCUCUGCGACGGUGACGAGCUUUUGCGAGCUUUCGGCGACAGUUGCUCGUGGGACGGCGACUUGACUUACGCUCAACUGUUGCGCGACUGUUUUGAUGUUGAGGUGAAAUCAUUAAAUUGGCUACUAUGCGAGGGUUGCGUUAUAAGGUUGAGAAACGCGGAUCGUAUGAAGGCUCUGGUGCAGGCCGCUUUGGAUAAUACCUUGACUGAAGCCACAUCGAAUCCGUCAACGAGAACGUUGAAAAAACAAAACGCAACGAACGGGCAGCCAACAAAACGGACGAACGUCAACAUCGGGAAAAAAGAACCGCGAAAACAACGCCAGUGCUGCCAACGUUACAAACGCAAGCAUUUGAUCUGUUCGGUGUGCGGGCAAAAGUAUUUUAUGAUCGUGAACAUGGACGAUGAAAAAGUGUUUACCUGCUCUCGCUGCAAGAAGGAGGGGGGCAGGAGCAGUUUGUGCAAGCGCUGCGACAUUCUGGUCCCUUCGAAGAUGAUGAAGGCGCAUUUGGAGUUGCACGUUGAAGCCGAUUUACGAGGGAAAAGCCGAUUACGUAUACAGCCAAAAAAGGCUGCUCAAAUUCGAGCCGCCAACCCGAAAGCCCGCGCCCUCGACAAAUACGAAUGCCUGCAGUGUCUCAAACGACACAAGGACGUCCGUGAGUAUUUGAAUCACAUGAGGAUCGCUCAUAAAGUCUACACGAUCUGCAAGGUGUGCGGGAGGGAUAUGAAGACGAAAUUCUUCUUGGACAAGCAUCUGUCGGCGCACCAGGGGAACGCAUGCCGACACUAGCAAGCGGCCUAUGGAGGGUAGAGGUAAGGAGAACCGUCUGUGUGUGAAAAAGUGUCCGUUAAAAUCUGCUAAAUAAGGGUGGCGCUACAGUAGCAAGCGGGUAAAUUUUAAAAAAGGCGCUGAAAGUUCUUAGUAUAAGAUUGAGAGUUAAAAAGGACGAAAGAACUGUAAGCACUACAAAAUCACAAAAAGUAAUUUAUUUAAAGCUGAUAAGAAUAUACAAUCGAUGUCUCCACGUUUUACCACAGCAAUAAUUUUAGGUUAUAUUGACGAAAUUAGUUUGGGCUACGUAAAUAUGUGAGGUCUUGUAUAUUACACUGUCGUCACUGACUACUCUAGUCAAUAAAUAUAUUAAAUUUCCUAACUCAGCAUACUUCAAUCACUUAAUAACUGCUCUUCAUAACAUACCCUGUGCCUAUGCUAGCGCUAUUCUGGAGGAUUUUUGAACUGUUAUUUAGUGCUGAAAGUGGGACACUUUUUCAAGUUUCUCCCAUAUGAGUCGGUUCUCCUUACCUCUACCCUCCAUAAAGCGGCCGCCGAAAAUGUGUGACAAGUGAUAGCUUUCAAAGGUGACAGUUGAGUUUUACGAACUUCAAAAUUUCGAGUUUUCCCACCGAAAUUACUGGUGUGCUUACAUUAAGAGGGUAGAGGUAAGGAGAAUUCUCUUAUAUGAGGGACAAGUUGAAUGCGUGUCCGGCUGUGAGUGGCGUAUUUCCAGUCAGCACAACGCAGCGUUGCAAGCUGUGUGAUGUGGAUGUAGCGGUUGUGAAUCGGAAUAAAGUGCGUAGAGUUAAACAUUUUAUUAUCAGUAUCAGUAUGAUAACUUUGACGCCAUCUUUAAAAUCAGACGACUCGUUACAAUGACGCCGUGCUGAUCGGUCGCUUUUCGACGGACGCUAUUUUAUACACAGAUAAGUGUGCUACUUACCUGUACCCUCCUUAAUUCGUAGGUAGUACGUUAAAAUAGAUUUUGUAUUAUCGCUUCAGUUUUACGGUGUCGGCGUUACCUUAAGCCGUGAUCGCGAAAAUUAUUUUUAUUCGUAAAUUCUACUUAUAGUUAAUGUUGUAUGUCAUGUUUUUUUGUAUUUUGUACGUUGUUUGUUAAGUAUAAAGGAACUUUGAUUUGGG